UCUAGCUGCCCGCCUGUCAGCAUUCGCGUGCUGCGAGCCCGGACCACGCGACUGUGCGGCUUCCUUAAGGCGACUUCGCUGCCCUCAGCUGCAUUCGUGAGUUUUUCGUGUAUUUUUCGGAAAUCGAAUACCAGCCAGCAAUGAGCGAUCGCUACAGCUUCAUCCCUGCGACGCGGGAGCAGGUGGAGACCAUCAGGAAGAGUCUGGGGACAGACGAAGAGGACAUCAAGAGGACCGUAGCGUCUGUGCGAGACUGGCUCAGGAAGCAGCCGCAUCUGCCCGACGAGAUAGAAGACGAUCGCAUCGAGCGGAUGUACAUAAACUGCAAGUGCAAUGUAGAGAGGGUUAAGAAAGGACUGGACGCCUACUUCUCGCAUAAGACCAGGCAUCCAGAGAUAAUGAUGAACCGUGACCCUAGGGGACCCGACGUUGUGACCACCAUUGAGCACGUCAAGGUGGUGACAAUGCCUCGCCUCACCGACCACCUCUACCGGGUGCACAUCUUCGGAGACACCGACCCGGACCCCGUGUGGGUCUCGUGGCCAAAUUACGGGAAAGUUGUCUCCAUAAACCUCGACAUGAUGUUAUUUAAUGACUACUCACUCGGAGACAUCGUCAUCGUGGAUCUGAAAAACCUGACUGCAGGACACGCCCUCCGGACCGAUAUCAAUAUCAUACGCGCUAUUGAAUUUGGCUACAAGACUGCCUAUUGCCGGAGUUUGAAAGCACUGCAUUUGAUAAAUGCUGACAAAGUAAUUGAUUUUACAAUGAAAAUUUUGAGAUCAGCUCUCUCCAAAAAGUUGCAGAAGAGGACACACAUCCAUCUGCCAGGAUCAAAGACGCUGUUUGACCACGUGGCAAAGGAAUAUCUGCCGGAUGAACUUGGAGGCACUGCCGGUCCUAUCGACAAACUUGCCUAUGAAUUCAUCAGGAGGGCGGAGGAGAAGAGAGAGUGGUUGCUGGAGCAGGACCGCUACACCUCGGACGAGAGCAAGAGGCCCCCAGACAACCACUAUGCCGACGACAUGUACGGUGUGGCGGGAUCCUUCAAAAAGCUCUCAGUAGACUGACGCCGUCACAGUUCAAUGCGUAGAUUCUGUCACCUGUGGACAGAAAACUGUGGUACACAGGGUGAACCUGGAAUCCACCAACGAAAUUUCAGAAUCUGUUAUGUGAUAAUUUCUGAGUGUUUUGGCAUAACAGCCCCAUGGCCUUCGAUGGUUCGUUAGAGAGUAACAUCAUUUCUUUUCAUGUUUUCUUAUUGAGGUCUGCAGUCGCAAACUGGUUUGGUACAGAGCCAAAUGAUAGUCUAUCCUCUGCAGAAACUUCUUCACCUCUCCAUAUGUACAGCACCGGACGUCCAUCUGUGGAUAUCUUAGUUCAACCGAUCCCUUCUUUUAGUCGAAUUGUGCCCUUUCAUCAAUUAUUCGACCUACCCACCUAAUGUAUGGCAAUCUUUUUAGCACUACAUUUCAAACAGUUCUAUUCUCUUAUUAAUUGAACAUUUAAUCGUCCACGUUUCGCUUCAGUUCAAUGCUACACUCCAGACAAAUACCUUCAGAAAAAAGCCUAAAAUAUUUAUGAUUAUCCUUAACAAAUUUCUGUUUUUCACAAAUGGUUAUUUUUUCAGCUGCCAGUUCGCAUUUUAUGAUCUCCCUACUUCGGCC